AUGGACCACACCCGCGAUCCCUGCCCCUGGGUUAUCCUCAAUGACUUUGGCGGUGCUUUUGCUAUGGGAGCUAUCGGUGGAACGGUAUGGCACGAGAUGGUGGCGAUGAUUAACAGCGCAUCAGGUGAAAGAAGAAUCGGUGCCAUCUCAGCCAUCAAGAUGCGCGCUCCCGUACUGGGAGGAAACUUUGGAGGUAAGCAUACGACUUUUGGGAAGACUUUUGGUCUCAUGAAUAAGGCUAAUACGGAUCCUUGGAACAGUAUCGCCGCUGGCUUCCUCACAGGUGGUGCGCUAGCCAUCCGCGGAGGAUACAAGGCCGCCCGAAACGGUGCCAUUGGUUGCGCGCUGCUUCUUGCCGUCAUCGAGGGUGUCGGUAUCGGUUUCCAGAAGAUGUUCGCGGGUAGCACAAAGCUGGAGAUGCCGGCGCCUCCUCCUUCCGACGAGAGAGCUCUUGCAUAA